AUGAACCCAUCCACAUCAAAAUCAAUUCCACAUUCAACACAUCCAUCUGAAUCUCAACCACUCAAUCCUUCAUCUAGAACUUCUUUAUCAACCUCAAAACGAAAGAUUUUAGAAUCUAUCGAUAAUGCUAAAUUCAAUUCUUCUCAUCUAAAAACAAUUAUCAUCUCAGGUGUUGGAUUCUUUACAGAUGCAUAUGAUAUAUUUGCUAUUAAUAUUGCAAGUAGUAUGUUAGGUUACGUUUUAAAUCAAGAUGAUCAUGGAAGAUUAGAUAAUCAAUUCGAAUUAGCUAUCAAGAUUGCUACACCUAUUGGAACGUUUUUGGGUCAAAUCUUAUUUGGAUUCUUGGCUGAUUAUUUUGGUAGAUCUAAGGUUUAUGGAUCUGAAUUGAUGAUUAUUACCAUUUCCACACUUGGUCAGGCUCUUUCUAGUUCAAGGUUUAUGGUAUUUUGGAGGUUUCUUUUAGGCAUCGGAAUUGGUGGUGAUUAUCCUUUAUCAGCUUGUAUUACUUCAGAAGCUGCUGCUGUGAAGAUCAGAGGUAGAAUGAUGACAGCAGUGUUUGCUUCUCAAGGAUUCGGACAAUUAACAGCUUCAAUAAUUUCAUUAAUAGUAGUUAAAGUGUUUGAAAGAUCGAUUAAAUCAGAUCCAAUUCCUGGAAGUUCAGUAGAGAAUUGUUGGAGAUUGUUGAUUGGAUUCGGAGCUAUUCCAGCAAGUUGUGCUCUUUAUUUUAGACUGACGAUUGGAGAAAGUCAAAGUGAAUCGAGACGUAAAGAUCUGGAAAGACGUGAUGAUGAAGAUGAUGAAGAUGAAACAGAUACGAUUAAUAAAGAUAUCGAAUCCUUUUCGAAUUCACGAUCGAAUUCUCCAAAAUCUCCAAAACACCAAUCGUUUUGGUCACAUUACAAACAAUGGAAACAUUUUAAAGUCUUAUUUGGUUGCGCUUGGUCUUGGUUCGCACUUGAUUUAGCAUUCUAUGGACUUGGAUUAAAUUCUUCUAUUGUUUUAAGUGCGAUUGGGUUUGGGAAAUCAUUGGAUGGAAAUCCGAAUGAUCAAAUUUAUCAAAGCCUAAUGAAUGUUUCGAUUGGAAAUAUCGUUUUAUCUAUUGCUGGUCUUAUACCUGGUUAUUGGGUAGCGUUUGCUUUUAUUGAUAGUUGGGGUAGGAAACCGAUCCAGAUCAUGGGAUUUGCUGCUCUGACUUCUCUUUUUAUUAUUAUGGGAAUUGCGUAUCAUCAAUUAGUAGAUCAUUCAGUUCACUUAUUCGUCUUCUUAUACUGCCUAGCAAACUUUUUUCAAAACUUUGGACCAAAUACAACGACCUUUGUGAUACCAGCUGAAUGUUUUGUGACAAGAUAUCGAUCUAGAUCUCAUGGAAUUUCAGCUGCUUCUGGAAAGUUGGGAGCUAUUUUGGCUCAACUUGGGUUUACUACUUUGAAAGAUAUUGGUGGAAAAGAUCAAUUUAUUGAUAAGAUCUUUAUAAUUUUUUCUGGGUUUAUGUUUUCGGGUUUGUUAAGUAGUUUUUUGGUACCUGAAACUAUGGGAAAAUCUUUAGAAGAACUUUGUGAGAUUUUCAUUUCUUUUGCUUUUUCUCAAUAUUUAAAAAGGUAUUGUAUAUAUGUAUUCAAAGAUGUGGUUUUAUUCAAUUUUUAG